AUGAGGGCGAUUGAGGGCUUUACAGACAUAAGGGCGAUUGAGGGCUUUACAGGCAUAAGUGCGAUUGAGGGCUGUACAGGCAUAAGGGCGAUUGAAGGCUUUACAGACAUAAGGGCGAUUGAGAGCUUUACAGACAUAAGGGCGAUUGAAGGCUUUAAAGGCAUAAGGGCGAUUGAGGGCUUUACAGACAUAAGGGCGAUUGAGGGCUUUACAGGCAUAAGGGCGAUUGAGGGCUUUACAGGCAUAAGGGCGAUUGAGGGCUUUACAUGCAUAAGGGCGAUUGAGGGCUUUACAGACAUAAGGGCGAUUGAGAGCUUUACAGACAUAAGGGCGAUUGAGAGCUUUAAAGACAUAAGGGCGAUUGAGGGCUUUACAGACAUAAGGGCGAUUGAGGGCUUUACAGGCAUAAGGGCGAUUGAGGGCUUUACAGACAUAAGGGCGAUUGAGGGCUUUACAAGCAUAAGGGCGAUUGAAGGCUUUACAGACAUAAAGGCGAUUGAGAGCUUUACAGACAUAAGGGCGAUUGAGGGCUUUACAGACAUAAGGGCGAUUGAGGGCUUUACAGGCAUAAGGGCGAUUGAGGGCUUUACAGACAUAAGGGCGAUUGAGGGCUUUACAGACAUAAGGGCGAUUGAGGGCUUUACAGACAUAAGGGCGAUUGAGGGCUUUACAGGCAUAAGGGCGAUUGAGGGCUUUACAGACAUAAGGGCGAUUGAGGGCUUUACAAGCAUAAGGGCGAUUGAAGGCUUUACAGACAUAAGGGCGAUUGAGGGCUUUACAAGCAUAAGGGCGAUUGAAGGCUUUACAGACAUAAGGGCGAUUGAGGGCUUUACAGACAUAAGGGCGAUUGAGGGCUUUACAGACAUAAGGGCGAUUGAGGGCUUUACAGACAUAAGGGCGAUUGAAGGCUUUACAGACAUAAGGGUGAUUGAGGGCUUUACAAGCAUAAGGGCGAUUGAAGGCUUUACAGGCAUAAGGGCGAUUGAGGGCUUUACAGACAUAAGGGCGAUUGAGGGCUGUACAGGCAUAAGGGCGAUUGAAGGCUUUACAGACAUAAGGGCGAUUGAGGGCUUUACAGACAUAAGGGCGAUUGAGAGCUUUACAGGCAUAAGGGCGAUUGAAGGCUUUACAGACAUAAGGGCGAUUGAGGGCUUUACAGACAUAAGGGCGAUUGAGGGCUUUACAGACAUAAGGGCGAUUGAAGGCAUUACAGGCAUAAGGGCGAUUGAAGGCUUUACAGGCAUAAGGGCGAUUGAGGGCUUUACAGACAUAAGGGCGAUUGAGGGCUGUACAGGCAUAAGGGCGAUUGAGGGCUUUACAGGCAUAAGGGCGAUUGAGGGCUUUACAGACAUAAGGGCGAUUGAGGGCUGUACAGGCAUAAGGGCGAUUGAGGGCUUUACAGGCAUAAGGGCGAUUGAGGGCUUUACAGACAUAAGGGCGAUUGAGGGCUUUACAGACAUAAGGGCGAUUGAGGGCUUUACAGACAUAAGGGCGAUUGAAGGCUUUACAGGCAUAAGGGCGAUUGAGGGCUUUACAGACAUAAGGGCGAUUGAGAGCUUUACAGGCAUAAGGGCGAUUGAAGGCUUUACAGACAUAAGGGUGAUUGAGGGCUUUACAAGCAUAAGGGCGAUUGAAGGCUUUACAGGCAUAAGGGCGAUUGAGGGCUGUACAGGCAUAAGGGCGAUUGAGGGCUUUACAGGCAUAAGGGCGAUUGAGGGCUUUACAGACAUAAGGGCGAUUGAGGGCUUUACAGACAUAAGGGCGAUUGAGGGCUGUACAGGCAUAAGGGCGAUUGAGGGCUUUACAGGCAUAAGGGCGAUUGAGGGCUUUACAGACAUAAGGGCGAUUGAGGGCUUUACAGACAUAAGGGCGAUUGAGGGCUUUACAGACAUAAGGGCGAUUGAAGGCUUUACAGGCAUAAGGGCGAUUGAGGGCUUUACAGACAUAAGGGCGAUUGAGAGCUUUACAGGCAUAAGGGCGAUUGAAGGCUUUACAGACAUAAGGGUGAUUGAGGGCUUUACAAGCAUAAGGGCGAUUGAAGGCUUUACAGGCAUAAGGGCGAUUGAGGGCUUUACAGACAUAAGGGCGAUUGAGGGCUGUACAGGCAUAAGGGCGAUUGAGGGCUGUACAGGCAUAAGGGCGAUUGAGGGCUUUACAGACAUAAGGGCGAUUGAGGGCUUUACAGACAUAAGGGCGAUUGAGAGCUUUACAGGCAUAAGGGCGAUUGAAGGCUUUACAGGCAUUAGGGUGAUCAAGGGCUUUACAGGCAUAAGGGCGGUUGAGGGCUUUACAGACAUAAGGGCGAUUGAGGGCUUUACAGACAUAAGGGCGAUUGAAGGCAUUACAGGCAUAAGGGCGAUUGAGAACUUUACAGGCAUAAGGGCGAUUGAGGGCUUUACAGGCAUAAGGGCGAUUGAGGGCAUUACAGGCAUAAGGGCGAUUGAGGGCUUUACAAGCAUAAGGGCGAUUGAAGGCUUUACAGACAUAAGGGCGAUUGAGAGCUUUACAGACAUAAGGGCGAUUGAGGGCUUUACAGGCAUAAGGGUGAUUGAGGGCUUUACAGGCAUAAGGGCGAUUGAGGGCUUUACAGGCAUAAGGGCGAUUGAAGGCUUUACAGACAUAAGGGCGAUUGAGAGCUUUACAGACAUAAGGGCGAUUGAGGGCUUUACAGGCAUAAGGGUGAUUGAGGGCUUUACAGGCAUAAGGGCGAUUGAAGGCUUUACAGACAUAAGGGCGAUUGAGGGCUUUACAGACAUAAGGGCGAUUGAGAGCUUUACAGGCAUAAGGGCGAUUGAAGGCUUUACAGGCAUUAGGGUGAUCAAGGGCUUUACAGGCAUAAGGGCGGUUGAGGGCUUUACAGACAUAAGGGCGAUUGAGGGCUUUACAGACAUAAGGGCGAUUGAAGGCAUUACAGGCAUAAGGGCGAUUGAACACUUUACAGGCAUAAGGGCGAUUGAGGGCUUUACAGGCAUAAGGGCGAUUGAGGGCAUUACAGGCAUAAGGGCGAUUGAAGGCUUUACAGACAUAAGGGCGAUUUAG